AUGGUUGCUGACUUGUUUGUCCACACUGCAGCUAGUAAUAUUUCUGUAGUCAAAGAAAUUGAAGGAGUUGUUGAUCCUGGCAUCUUCAAUGUCGUACGAUUUGCUUCUGCAGCAAUUCCCUUUGUCCCUUUUGUACUCCGAGCGAAUGAUUCUCAGACCCGUAAUACAGGGAUGGAGUUGGGCUUUUGGGUAAGCUUAGGCUACCUUAUGCAAGCAAUUGGAUUGCUCACCUCUGAUGCUGGACGAGCUUCUUUUCUUUCUAUGCUCACUAUUGUUGUGGUUCCCUUGCUUGAUGGUAUGUUAGGAUCCAUAAUUCCUGCACGCACCUGGUUUGGAGCUCUCAUGUCGAUUUUUGGUGUUGUGAUGUUGGAAUCUAGUGGCUCACCUCCAUGUGUUGGAGAUUUGUUAAACUUCUUAAGUGCACUCUUUUUUGGGGUUCAUAUGCUACGAACUGAGCAUAUAUCACGACGUACUAGUAAAGAGAACUUUAUACCGCUCCUUGGCUAUGAGAUGUUGGUUGUUGCUCUCAUAUCAACGUUGUGGUACUUUAUUGGAGGCUCAUUUUUCGGUACUCUAGCACUAAAUCCGACAGACUGGACAUGGUCAACAUUCUGGAGUUCAGCUUUGUCGUUUCCCUGGAUACCUGCUCUUUACACUGGCUUAUUUUCAACUGGGUUGUGUCUAUGGAUAGAGAUGGCUGCCAUGUGUAAUGUAUCAGCAACAGAGACUGCAAUAAUUUAUGGGCUGGAACCAAUAUGGGGUGCUGGGUUUGCUUGGUUUCUCCUUGGUGAGAGAUGGAGUUUAAGUGGAUGGAUUGGGGCCGCCCUUGUAAUAGGUGGAAGUCUAUCAGUGCAGAUACUUGGAGCUUCAUCUUCAUCUGUGUCAGGACAAGUCGAAAAAGUUAUUCAGGAUGAUAAGUUAUCAAUUUCACAUAAAGGGAACAAUAUUCAUGCUUCACCACUUGUUAUUAGCUGCAAGGAAGAUCCAACAGACUUGUUGCGCAAGUCAUGAAUGUUGAUGUUUUUUUUUUUGCUAUGUAUAUAUAGGUGGAUAUUGUACAACUAUUGUGACUCCUUUAAUCUAGAAAUAUAUUUUCUCACCAGACCACAUGUGUGCAUGUA